AUGUUGUUCAACAGCCUUACACUGGCCUUCCUCAGCGGACUGGCCAGCACAAACGCACUUGCCCUUCCCAAAGACACUUUCCACACCAAAUCCCUCGUUGCUCGCAAGGCCGGGGAUCAAGCGGUAACGCAGCUCCUCCAACUUGCACCAGGCUCAGCCUCAUGCAACGGAGCUCCCGUCCCAGGGGAAUGUAGGACCGCCGAGCAAGCAGCACCAUUCCUCAUCCAAGCCUUCAAAGACUACAACAUCUACAACGUAAACGAGAUAGCCAUGAUCCUGAGCUUGUUAGCCUUUGAAACAGAGGACUUCAAAUACAACACCGGCUUAGCCAUGAACGGAGAAACAACGCCUCCGGCAGGCAAGGGGACGAGAAAUUUGCAAGAUGCUGAGAACAAUCUGAAGUACGCAAGAUCCAUCCCAGCGUUGGCUCCACAGGUCGACAAAAUCACAAAAGCCACAUCCGCAGCUGGUCUUACCGACGAGCAGAAGAACGCCGUUCGCGCGCUGGUCUUGUCCGACGAAUACAGCUGGGCAUCCGCUAUGUGGUAUUAUACCACAGAGCCUCUAUGCGUCCCUGAGAAAGCUAAGAUCCAAGCUGGCGGUCCAGAUGCUCUGCCUGCUUAUAUUAGAUGUCUGAAGACCGAGCCUGCCACAAAGCGCGACGAGAAGUUAGCACUGGCCAGAGCUGCGUUCGGAAUUUAA